GGGGACUCGGGCUGUCGUCUCGGGCUCUCCGCGGGGCGCGGCGCGCCCGAAACACUUGGAUCACGAUCCAAGUGUUCCUGGGAUCGUGAAUUCAGGGUCUUCCGGGGGGGGGAGGCACACUUCUCCCGUCAGCGUGGCGCACCAGCAGUCUGGACGUGGCAGCCAAGGCAGGGCAAUGCGGUGGGGCUGGCCGCUGCCAGCCUCGCAUGCAGCCUGUGGCUCGGGCAGGCCGCAGGUGGUGGCGGUGACCUUGUCUUCCAGUUGAAGAGCAAGGCGCUUGACAGCGACUAGUUCUUGAACGUCUUUGCGGGAGUGGUGUUCUACGGGCUCCUCAUCGAUCGCGUCCCGUAUUUCACAGCGAGCCGUUGAGAAUAACCGCUGCAGCAAUAUUAUUUUCGGCAGGGUUGUCACUGAGCUCAUGGUAUUCGGCAUCGUUGCUAUUGCGACCUUCAUGGAAACGACGUUUGAUAUGUACCUCGAUGAUGUUUUUUUUCCGUACUGUGUCACGUACCUCACUUGCGUUGAUGUGUUGAUGUCGUUUGCUGCGUGUUCCCUGAUCGGGUUGGGCGCACUCUAUGCGUGGAUGUGGCAUCGCACAUCGCAGUUUUUGCAGAGGUUUGAAGGGGAUGCGCACAGCGACACAGUAAUCCCGAAGAUGGGGAACUGGACACCCAUGAUUGUCAACCAACAGAGUGUUCUCUGGGAGCGGCAUGAAUUGGUAUUCGUUUAACUGGAAUAGGUGCUUUCAGGAGUCGCUCGCUCACCAGAUAUGCGAUCUCAUCAACAUUACGUAGGUGACCUGGCUCGUCUCGUUCUUUCUCCUGCUCCUCACGGUCCCAGAAACGUAUCGCCCAGAUGAAAAUUACGAAGACAGCGAAGACGAAGACAGCGAUGCUGAUGAUUUGGAUGACGUCGAGGAGCCCGUACUAUGGUGGAGCGACGUCAUGGCGUGGUUCAUGCAGUUUGACUCUAUGAGCGUGUGCUUCCUCUUGGGUAUGUACGUCAUGCACCUCACGUAGAACUGCAAAGUAUACGGAAACGAGCUGAGCCAGGAUGCAUCCGUGGUGGCACCAUCUAGGCUUCGUGGUUCCCUAUUAUUGCUGUUUGUCUUGUUCGCCUUGAGCUUGGUAGAGCUGACGACUGUCCAGGCCCUUUUCCGCGCCCGACCAGGAGGUGCCCCACUAGGGGGCCACAUACGAACCCGACCCCUACCCCCUUCAGAAAUCGUGGGGGGUAGGGAUAGGGUUGGCAUGUGGCCCCCUACCCACGCAAUCGUCUCCCAGCGCCUGCAGGUUCACGCAGACGUCUUCAUCCAGAACAAGAUCACAGGAUUGGCGCACGGCGAGGCGAAGACAUUGCUGCUCAAUGCGAACGGUGGUGUCGAUAUUUUGAAGAGGAUGGACUUGAUGAGCCUCUUGAUCUCGAUCGAUGUACACCUGGCGAAGAGGAGCGCGCCCUGGGCGACUUCGAUCUCGUGGGCCAGGAACAUGAGGCCACCGGCGUCACUCGGAGCCUGUCCAUGAAGCUGAAUCUGAAGAGCUGCCUCGAAGACGCGAUAUACACCCAGGUCCCCGUCGACGAUGCGCUGGACAGCGCCCGCAAGGCUAAUGUGGGAGGCGAUCAGGGAAAAGAGGCGUGACCAGUGCGCCCCCGCCGGGCGCUUAGAGCUGUCGGAGCGAUUGUGUCUUUGGUGCUCCGACGCAAUUAUCAACUUGGGCGCGAAAGUCGCGACCUUUCCAUAAAAUACCUUCACGGAAACGUGGUCGAAUCGGAAACGAUUGUUUAUGUGGAGUGAGUUAUUGUUUUAGUUGGCCUUUGGCCCAAACCACCACCGUGCCCAGUCCCCCUCUCCCCCUUUCCGUCCUUCCCCCCCGCCUUGGAACUGCGGUGCCGCGCUGGGUCCAGUCUGUUUCGAAGGAUGGCGUUUGCAGCGUGACUAUACUUUCUUGCGCUGGUGCGUCCAUAGUGGCACUCUGCAUUGAUUUGUUGGCGGCCGACACCAGCAACCAUUAACCGGUCUUUGUGAUUCGAGCCGAGUGGGACAUGCCCGCCGACGCGACGACGAAUUUCUUUCUUCGCGUCGCAAGCCGAGUGGAACGCGUCUGCCGCGCCCGCCGCAGCUCUUCUGCCCCGUGGAAUGCGCUUCCCUUGGGCCGCCCCC